CAGUAAUUGUCAGUACGUUUCUUUUUAUUUCCAAAAUAACUUCAACAUGUAAUGUUUGCAAAUAAAUAAGAGGAAUUAAAAUCUUGAUAAAAGACUACACUAAUUGUGCAUCAACAAUAGCACCAAACAUUUAAAUAAAUAAAAUAAUACAGUGCCUACAGAGGGACACGUCUGCAUUUCCUGGCUGCAAUAUCAGCUAUCAGGUCAUCAUAUGACCGUUUCUGAGCCACGUCUCGAUUGAUGCUGAUGACGGCCAGUCCACUUAAACGCUCCUGCCCCAUCGAUGAACGCAGGUAUGUUUUAAUGAGCUUGAGUUUUGAAAAGCUUCGCUCAGCAGAGGCAACUGUGACGGGGAGAGUCAGUGCAAUUCGCAAAGCAAUCCACAGAUUGGGAUACACCUCUUGGAGCUGAUUGUCAUGAAGAAAUGUCAGCAUUUCCAAGGCAGAUGUCUUUGGUGGUAGCUGAGGAAGGUGGAUGAUUUCCUUCAGCAUCUCAGGUCCAUCAAUGUCAGCUGUUCCCUUUUCCGUAAGUGUCUUGUUGUCGUGGAAAUAUCAAUCAUAACUAUAAAUAUACAAUCACAUACAAAUUAUAUUAACCUUUUUUAUAUAAUUAUUACAUUCGAAGGAACUGUAUACAUUCUCCCUGUAACUUAAGUUAAUUCGUAUUCAAGUUCCCACUGGAGCCAGUAAGUCUGGUUUUGUGACCAGGCCAAUCGACUGACUCCUUUGUUAUGUAAACUCGUUUAGAGCCAAACCUGUAGACAUGUCCAAUACCCACCCAUUGUAUUACAAAUUUACUUGGCCUAAGGUCACUCCCACUUCCUUCCCACAAUGUUAAUGUUCCCUAUAAGAAUCUUGUGAAUCUAUUGUCUCGUCGAAUGUGUUCUUGGUAACUUUUGCUGCCAGUACUUUUCCCAUGAUCAUGCCUUAAGAUUAAAUCAAAUAUUUCGCUGUCCGACGUGUCCGUGAGAGAACUUUCUCUUCAUCACUUGUGUACUUCAUUGCAGUGUUUUUUUAAGUCCUCCUUGGACAUUCCAUUACCUUUGCUGAAAUCAAGCAGCAUUUUUCUUUGACUUGAUUCAUGGUCUCAAACCUCUCCUGCAGUGACAUUAAGAAGAGUCCACAACACUAUUGAAAAAUGUGAAGCUUUUUAAGGGCAUCAUUGAAGGGCUCUUCACCAGCUUCAUACGCAAACUGCCUUUUUGUGCCCCUGAGUCUUUUCUGCCUAAGCUCUGGUUCUAUAUUCAGGGCCUCACAUGCCCCUUUCACACCGCCGCAAAAUCGGGGUCGGUUCCGGGCCAGUUCGGAGCUAGGGCCAGGGCUUUGGUUUCACACCGCCAAAGAACCGGCUCCGGCCCCUAAAAACCGGUUCAACUCUGGCCCCACUUUAGAGCUGGGCUAGAACGAGAACCGCUUUUACGCAGGGGGCAGGGGGCGGGGUUAUCCCAGGAAGACCAACGAAGGGCGGCAUUUUUAAAUCACCGAAGUGAACGAUGGACGCUAAGACAAAAUCACAGUGGACCGUGGAGGAGAGAACCUGUCUCCUUGGAUUUUGGUCUUCUGCCGAGGUCCAGAAAAAGUUAGAGGGAGCAACCCGGACGAAGGUUGUCUUCGAGCAGCUACAGCGGGAGAUGGCUGCGGCGGGGUAUGACCGGAGCGCCGAGCAGAUAAUAAAUAAAUUGAAAAAGUCGAAGAAGGACUUCAGGGACCAGAAAAAAGACCUGGGGCGAAGCGGCAAUGGACGGCCAAAGAAAGGUCCACAUUUUGAUGUCAUAGACUCGGUCCUCGGCGACAGACCGGCAUGCCAAAUCACCGGGGCGUUGAAUUCUGCGACGGCCAUGCUGGAAUCGAUGGUGGACGAGUCGCUCAUCGAAAGCACCCCUGAUAUCGGUAAGUUACACUUUUCAAAUGUUUCACUCCGUCUCCCAACCACCUAUUCAUGUACCUUACUGUGCGUUUUAGCUGUGACAUACAGAAAAAGAAAGCGGGACAAGGACAGCGAAUUGUUGCAGUAUCUGGAAAGGUCUGACGAGCGCCACCUCCAAUCCCUGGAGGCCUCCAGAGUGGUGACCAACAAUUUGCUUGAGCAGAUCAGCGCAAGCAACACCGCUUUGCUCGGGCUGAUGGGACGUGUUGUGACGGUGAUGGAGGCUGGGCAAAAAUGAACACCAAAUGGACCCCAAAACUCCAAAAGACACUGUUCCUCUUCUUUGUAAUUUGCACUUCUAUUUAAAUU